AAGAUUCUGAUUGUGAAAAACAAAAAAAGUUAGCUAAAGAUCUUUUAGCAUUUUCCAAAGAGAUUCAAGAAAUAUUACCUAUCUUGAAUGAAAAAGAUGAUGAUAUAUUUGCAAAUAUGUGA